UACCCGUUUGAAAUGAAGCGCGGCGAUUGGCCGACGCGCACCAAUGGCGGAUGGAGGCGGAACACGCUGCGCCCGCGCAUCGGAGCACGUCGGUCGUCCACAUGUCACGCUCGCGCGACACGCGACUGACGUCUGGAGGUAACGCGCUGACGCUGAAGUGGCGGGGUAACCCUGGUGUCACGUCUGACGCUGCCAGCGGGAUAUUCUAGACACGUCGUCAAGGCAUGGUGUUGUGAUUGUGAGUGGCAUGAUGCUAGGCGCUAUGGAUGGGAAGGAAUAUGGCGCGCUACACGCCGCCGCCGCCGCCGCUGGUUACACUAUGGAAGCCGAUCCCAGUGGUGGUGCAAUGGGCAACGCCGGUAUGGGCGGCCCAGGCACGCAACAGUACGGAGAAGUCAACCAACUGGGCGGUGUAUUUGUCAACGGACGACCGCUGCCCAACGCUGUUAGAUUGAGGAUUGUUGAACUGGCUCAAUUAGGCAUCAGGCCGUGUGAUAUCAGCCGUCAACUUCGCGUCUCCCACGGCUGCGUUUCCAAGAUCCUAGCGCGGUACCAUGAGACCGGCUCUAUCCUGCCCGGUGCCAUUGGCGGCUCCAAACCUAGAGUUACAACACCAAAGGUGGUAUCCUAUAUCAAGCAACUGAAAGCGAAGGACCCGGGUAUCUUCGCGUGGGAGAUCCGCGACCGGCUGCUGGCGGACGGCGUGUGCGACAAAUACAAUGUUCCCUCAGUGUCCAGUAUUAGCCGCAUUCUGCGCAACAAGCUAGGCGGUGGCGCCCUCUACCCUGUACCCCCGUUAUACCCCGUGCCCCCACAGCGCUGCUGGCCGCUGCAUCAGCCCUACGACUAUUAUGUCUAUUUGCAGGGUCGGCAGCACGCCGCGCCUCCGCAUGCGCUACCCCACCAUCCACACCAGCCGCCGCCCUCACACGCGCACGCGCAUGCGCUCUGACACGGACGCGCAGCCACGAGCUGCUACUAGUAUGGAAUUGAAGUCAUUGAAGAAAAACCAACUAUAAAUCAAGUGCAUAAGAACUAGAUUUGACUGAAGAAACAACAAAGAAUUUAAUUCAGUUCCCACUUAUGAUGAUAAACGACCGUAACUACAGAAGAAAGGAGUCAGAGUUUAAGAGACAAAGGGAGAAUACUCUGUAAGCCAUAUGCUAUUAGUAGUAUGCAACUUUGAACUUGCAACUCAAGGAAUAAAAUGAACUCUAACACAUGAUUGACUUCGCCUACAACUAUGGAACUUUGAACUUCAGUUGAAGAGUAUGGAAAUAGCGUGAAACUUUGAGUGAAUUUUCGAACUUAGUACAAAGUAUUUGCUUACAUCGUGAAAAACAAUUAAACGUAGGUAAUAAUUUGUGUUGAUAGCGAGAAAAGUAUUAAUAUUGUAAAUAAACUUGUAAGAUAUUAGUGAAUUUUAAGUUUUAUUGAUAUUAAGUGCCGUGAAAACAAAAUAAUAGGCUAAUAUAAUAUUUCGAUUAAUUAAAAAAUGUUUUUAAAAUUUUAGCGUAGCAUUACGUCUUAAUAAAGUCUUUACAUCUGGCCUUAAACUAUUUUCUGAUGAUUAAAAAAACAAUUGUUUUGUCUGUGGUCUGAUUUAUAAUUAUUUGACAUGUUAAUCUGUGACACAUGAAAUAUGAACUUAUUGACUUUGCCACAGACUAAAAAUAAAUGAAAGUAAAGGUAAUUUUUUAAAUUAAGGUUAAUUUUGAAAAUAACAUUUUAAGAUUACAGUGCUGUAUAUUUUAGCUGGGUGCAAUGAUGUAAAUAAUUAAAUAAUAUAUUGUAGAAUAAAUGGCAAUUAUGGGUACUCAUGAUAAAUUAAUGUACUUAUUACUAUGACCACUAAUCCUCGGAGAAAGGUUUAUUUAUAGUUAAACUAAUAAUAAUGUAAGAAAUAAUUUUAAAAAAUUCAAUGCAAAAAUUUCAUUUUGACUCUUUGAUACUCGAGGAUUUUGGUCUAUUUAAUAAAUGUUAGAAAUUCGUGAAUUACACGUCCU